AUGUCGAACGUCGCGGAUGCGGCGUGUCCGAAUAUCAUGUGGGCGCAGCGACCGGAGUUCGUGCUCGUGUCGGUGCCGCUGCAGGACGCGACGGACGUGGUGGUGGAGAUACGCGGCGGGCGCACGCUGCAUUUCGCCGCCACCUCCGACGGACAGAAGUAUGCGUGCGCCAUCGAGCUCUUCCGCGAGGUGGCGUCCGAGGAGAGCCGCCACAUAACGCUGCCGCGCCAGAUCGAGCUGAAGCUCAAGAAGAGGCAGCUCAGCGACGCGUGCAACGAGGAAGAGGCCACGCUCCACCGCGCCUGGCCGCGGCUCACACGUGACAAGGAGAGGAACCCCCACAUCCAGGUUGACUGGUCGCGCUGGAAGGACGAUGACGACGAGGGCGCCGACGAUGGCGAGGACGGUGGCGGCCUCGGCAUGGACUACGGUGACCUCAUGUCACAGAUGAUGGCACAAAAGGACUUCGCCGAGGCGGAGUCGACGUCCGCCGGCAGCGACGCGCCCGGACAGGAGGCCAGCGGCAUCAAGAACAACAACAUCAACACGAACAACAACAACGACGACGACGACUAUGAUGAUUUGCCGCCGUUAGAGGAGUAA